AUGUAUCAACAACAACAACAAAUGCAUGGAGGUGGUGGACGUCCCUCCAGAGUUGUCGAACUAAUGGACAGUCUCAAGAAUGAAGUAGAGACACUCAAUCAUGAGAUUAGCAUGUACAAGCAAUACAAGGAUGAAUAUGAUAGAAAGUUACAAGCACAAAUGCAAGAGAUAACAUUGAUUCAACAGACAUUGCAAGAGCUUGAGAGAGGACAUGCGAGAAACAAACAACAGUAUGAGGAGGAGAUUAUUAGACUGAAGAAACAGUUGGAGCUGACGAAUGGUGGUGGCGCGAGAGAUUUGAACAGCCCAGCAUUCAGAUCAAACAGUCCAGCAGCAGUUGGACACCCAUCGAGCAGAAACACGCCGACCCCAACCAUCCCAGACAAGAACCAGCGUCGUCAGCGUCCAACCUCUCCAGAGUUCUACCCUCAACAGCAACAACAACAGCAUCAACAGCAGCAAUUGCAGCAGCAGCAACAGCAGGGAGGACCUCUCGGUGGCAUGCCAUUCCCUCCACUCGAGCAGCGCCAGCAACAGCAACAGCAACAACAACAGCUGCAGCAACAACAGCAACACAAGAUUGAAAAGAGAGAGCAUCACGACGACCACCCAAGCAACGGAAAUAACAACAUGUCCAGAUGGACCCGAGACCUAAAGGCCAGGGUCCUGUAUAGAUACCUCAGACACCAACAAGCACAAUCCAACAACAUCAUCAACAACAACAUCAACAUUACAGCAAUCCAAACGAAUCCACAUCACAUCACUAAUCAAUCCAAUCAAUUAAUCAAUCAUAUACAUAACAUUUAUAUAUAUAUCAUUCUAUAUCCGCAGCAGUGGCGGUUGACCAAUCGAUCAAGCUGCACACCA